ACUUUUACGUAAAAAAAACGAUAAACAUGAAAAAUGAAUCGGAUUUUAAUGCAAAGCCAAGUGAAAUAUAUUUUAAUGCUCACAGAUUACUGGCGAUGCUCGAGAGAAUUUUGCAUACGGAAUUUGAUGAGCAUUUUGCGAUGAUUUUUAUGAGAACUGUCUGCUCGAUAAUCCUGCAAGACAAUGCGCUUCUUCUGGAGGAUUUCCAAAAACAUGAAAUGAUAUCGUAUUUAAUUAAAUUAACCAGCAAAGUAAUGCGUUUAGAUAAGCUCACAAUGGGAAGGCAACGGAUUUUAACAUUGCUACUGAUCGCUCUAGAAGGUCUUAUGAAAAAACAAACAUCUGUUGAACAGAUGUGCGAACAACGAAGUGUUGAGUUUGUCUUAGAAAUUUUUACAAAGUGUUUGUAUAAAAAAAACGUCGACUUCCAAGUAGAUCAGCGAUUGUUACUAGCGAUAGGUGGUUACGUUUGGAAAUGUGUGGUGCGACAGCCUGCGAGUCUUCAAAUUUUCCUGAAAAAUGGUGGAUUGUACUCUAUGUUAGACAUCAUCGAGAUCGCGAGCUACCCUGUAAAAUGUUUGUAUCUCGGUGCGUUGACCGAUAUAUGUGAUAAUACUUUUUGUGGGCCAUGUCUCUGCACUUGGAGAGGUGUUGAUAAAAAAACAGGUAUAAUAUCUUUGUUUGCGACUAUUUGGCGAGAAGAGGAAGACAGGAUCGGUAUCGAAAAACGCGCCGACAAUUCCAUAGCAGAUCAUGAAUUUCCUCAGAUGGGUAUUAAGCAGUGGAUAGAUACCUAUCGUUCGCAGCUUACAGAAGACGUUAGUCCUACUAUAACUGAUAUGAUUGGUUCGGUGAGAUCAAAGAUCUUCAGUAUUUUGAAAAUUAUCGAAAGAGACGGUGACAAAUACGAAACUGUCAAGAAUCAUUACAAGAUUCUACUUGACGAACUGCCAACAAAAGAUCGCAUAACUAUGUGCUGCGUCGACAUGUACCUACGGUUAAAGCUCGGCCAGAUGUGGACGGAGCUCAGCAGAUACUUGGAGCAGACCGGUAUAACACCAUUGAGCGUAGAUGCACAUCUGAUCGCCCACAUGGUGCAUUGGCACCGUUUGUGGGGUAUCCAAAUCGAGGAUCGCCAGAAGAGGCUGGCUGCAACGGCCACGCGUGUAGACGAGGUCUUGGAAAUGGAGGAACUCGUGAGGCUACGUGACUCUAGGUUGGCACCGAGCCUAGAAGCGUUGGGCGACGUAGACCGCAUUCGUCGCACGACCGACAGAUUGUACAUGCUGCGGAAGAAAGAUCGACAGAGGCGACAAGUACGCGCGGCCCUGUCGUUCCCACGCGACGCCGACGCAAAACGAUGCCACCGAACGUUUUCGGAUAAAACAAACGUCACGGCAGUUUUUGGGCAACAUCAAUUGAUUGACACUUCGCACCUGAAAGAUGCUCGGACCAAUUUCAUGAAAGAAUCUCUGGUAUCACCUCCUGAUUCAUACCGCGAAAAAAUCUUUUCUUCUCUUGAAAUUGAUUCCGUAAGUUCCUCUUUCUAUGAACGACAUUUCGCAGACGACUAUAUGAUCGAAAGUCUCAAUCGAUAGCCUGCAUGUUGCUUACGUCAUCAAAUAAUAAAUUUAAUAAAAUGUAUAAAGUUAAAGAGAAUCAAUUGCAAUAAAAUGAAAUGUUUUCUUCGGCGUACGUUGUAUGAGAGCUGUAAUAAUAUUAUCUUGCUUCGAUACAAUAGUUGUCUUCCUUGUCGACAAGAAAAUGUAGCGAAAAAAUAUCAUUUUUGUAUUUAACUUGGAAUAAAACUACUCCAAGUAACAUCUGCACGUUAAUAAAUAUUUCCAAGUUUGGAAAAAAAUUAAUACCUCAUCAA